UAGGGAGUUGGCGUUUGUCAUCUGUGGCCUUUAGCCCUUCCAGCUCCGAAGAGCCGACACUUAUAUACCGCCGCGGCGCCGAGGUCGCAACACUCGCUCCAAGCCCCCAGCCACAGUCCGGCCGCUCUUCUACGAUAAAUAAUCGAGGAUAUCAAAGAUGUGGUUCUCUCACGUGUUGGUGGUGGUGUGUGUGGCGGCGUGCGCGCAGGCGUACUCCAGCGGCGCACCCGAAGGCGCCUGCAAGGACAUGAUCCCGCGCCACCCCGUCGCCCCGCAGAAGUCUCCGGCUCCGUACACCAUCACCACCAGCUCUAAGGUGGCAAAAGCCGGCAGUCCCAUCGAGGUGGUGAUCACUGGCAAGGCCCCGAGCAACACCAUGCGCGGUCUGCUGCUGCAGGCUCGCAAGGGAGACGAGAUCGUCGGCAAGUUCACCCUCAAGCCCAACGAUCGCUUCGCACAGCUCAUGAACUGCGGAGAGCCAGGAAACGCAGUGAGCCACAAGAAGCACGACGAGAAGGACGACCAGCACACCGUCACCUACACCUGGACGCCUCCAGCUGGUUUCAACGGAGAUAUCAAAUUCAGGGCGACUAUCGCGCACAACGGAGCCGUGUUUUGGGUGGGAGUCGAAUCGGCCCCCGUCAAAGUCACUGCUUAACUUAUAGUACUAAUUAGUACUUACCUUUGUUUUAAGUACAAGUAUUAUACUUUUAAUUUUUCUAAACCAAUUUAUAGUUAAAUAAUACGUUUAUAUUUGAACCUUGCCAAACAUUUAAACUAUGUGGAAUGUUACCUGUAAUAGAUCUGUAAUUAAAGACGAUCUUUUUUAUAUUCGUGUACAAAAUAUAUUUUUACUUUAA